AAACCCUAAGUUGUGAUCAGAAGCGCCGGCAAUUCAAGACUCACAAGAGCGGUCUGCCAAAUCUAACGUGACCAAACCCUUUCCUGAUCUUCGAAGAUGGAGACGUCAACUUCAAAAGAACAAUAAUAAAUUGGCGUCGACAUCGAUCCGUCUUAGAAAUCUUAAUCGUCAUCUCAGUUUAGCCAUAUCAAGGUGUGUUUGCAUUUGUAAUUCCAAAGUGACUAUCUCCUUUCAAGAAGCCAAAUCAGAUAAUCAGAAACAUACUACAUUUUAUAAGUGUGAAGAGACGGAUUUUGUUCAUAUAAAAUGAAACAUAUUGUGAAGAUUAUGUCGUUGUUAGUGGCCAUAACUGCUAUAUGGAUUAGCUUAUUGCAGACUGCAAUGAUUCCACAGAGUUAUACGUGGUUGCUGCCUCUGUAUCUGAUUGUGUCACUAGGAUGCUAUGGUCUGUUAAUGGUUGGGGUUGGUUUGAUGCAAUUUCCAACUUGUCCUCAGGAGGCACUCUUGUUACAGCAGGAUGUAAUUGAGGCCAAGGAAUUCUUGAAGCACAAAGGGGUAGAUGUGGGUUCUGAUUGACAUCAAAGGGAUGACAUUUAUUUCUGAUUUUUGAUGGACCAAUGGUUAACUAAAGAUCUUCUGUGCUUCGUAUAACUUCAUCUGGUGGUUGACUCGAGUCUUUCAAUGGUCAUCAAAAUAUUUUUUUUGUACACUUUAGGUUCUUGAUUUUUUUUUUUGUAUUAUUUAUGUUAUUAUGAUUUGCUUUAUAGGUUUAAAUGAUUUUAAUAGGGGUUAAAAAUGUCAUUUGGGGUAACCCGAUAAACCUGAAACAUAUAGAGUCGGUUUCGGGUAGAUUUUAUACCUUUUAUUUGGUUUGGGUUAAUAUUUAUCUGUCCUGGCACUAAAAUAUAAUAUUUCAAGUAUUUUCCAAAAAAAAGGUAUAACAUUUAUUCCAUGAAAA